AACUGUGCGCGGUUGACAAGAAGGGAGGGAAAGGAGGGGGAGAAACGGAGGGGAGACAAUGAGCAAGGUGUGCGUCACCGGCGGCGGCGGCUACAUUGGGAGCUGGCUCGUCAGGAAGCUCCUCGACAGAGGCUGCGUCGUCCACGCCACCUUGAGGAACCUCGGGGACGAGAAGAAGGCGGCGCUGCUCCGGGCGCUCCCCGGCGCGGCGGAGCGGCUGACGCUGUUCGAGGCGGAUAUCUACGACGCCGACACCUUCGAGCCGGCCAUCGCGGGGUGCGAGUUCGUCUUCCUCGUCGCCACGCCGCUGAUGCACGACCAUACCAGCACCAAGUACAAGAACAGCACCGAAGCAGCGGUGGACGCGGCGCGCAUCAUCCUGAAGCAGUGCGAGCGGUCCGGGACGGUGAGGCGCGUCAUCCACACGGCCUCGGUCACGGCCGCCUCACCGCUGAAGGAGGACGGCAGCGGGUUCAAGGAGUUCAUCAACGAGUCGUGCUGGACUCCGCUCGGCCUCUCCUACGGAUUCAGCAACAUUCACCUGGACGCUUAUGCGUGGUCCAAGACGCUGUCGGAGAAGGAGCUGCUGCGGUACAACGAGCGCGAGUCCCGGGCGUUCGAGGUGGUCACGCUGGCGUGCGCGCUCGUCGGCGGCGACACCAUCCAGCCGUACCUGUGGAGCAGCAUCCCCGUGAUUGUGGCAACGCUGACGGGCAGCGAGAUCCACCACAACUCCCUCCUGUUCUUGCAGGCGCUGCUGGGGUCCGUGCCACUGGCGCACGUGGAGGACGUCUGCGAGGCGCACGUCUUCUGCAUGGAGCAGCCGUCCAUGGCCGGCCGCUUCCUCUGCGCGGCCGGGUACCCCAACAUGCAGGACUUCGUCGACCGCUUCGCCGGCAAGUACCCCGAGCGCAAGAUACUGCUCAAGGAGGUGACAGGGGAGGGGGUCAGGGUGAAGGCUGACACAAACAGGCUCGAGGACUUGGGGUUCAGGUACAGGUACGGAGUGGAGGAGACGUUGGACUGCAGCGUCGAAUGCGCCAAGCGAUUGGGAGAGCUCUAGAGAUGUGUAGUACGUGCAAAUGUGCAAUGUAUGCAUACUAGUUGGGAUUCGAUUGCAGCUAUUGUCACAUGGUGUAUCGUUCGUGUGUAUAUUUCUGUUGACUCCU